UUUAUAGUCAUUUGUGUCAUGGUUUAACAGAAACGAUCUUCCUCUUACUAACUUGGAACCUUUUUCUGUCAGCUUGAGAGAAAGGAACCUCAAGCUGUAUGCCGUGCGAUGUCCUGGCUGAUUACUAUUGCAUAUUUUUUUCUGUAAUGGAUGCUUGAAGUGUUUGUAUGUGAGGACCAAAGGACUGUCAACAUCCUCAGGAACACUGAAAUGGAUCUCUUUUAUGAAGCCGCACAUUAUUUGCAAUCAAAAGGGAUUGAAGUUGCUGAGUAUGAUGCAGAAAACGAUGAAGACCAAGUGUUCAGCUCAGGAUUCUCAGAAGAAUUAACCUUUGAGGAAAAUCACUUUGUCCAAUCUAGGAGUUCUGAUAGCAGCGAGCGUACAUGUUCCACUGAGCUCUUGUGUGAGGGAGAAAUUGACUCGGAAACACUAUUGGAGAAGCGGAUGCAGGUGCUAACAAAUGUGCAAAGUUCUGAAGGACAAUAUGUGAGCGAACUCCAGGCCCUGAUGGUGCUAAUGAAGCCCCUCCAUGCUGCAGCGAACACUUCCCAGCCUGUACUCACCAGUGAACAGAUACAGACAAUCUUCUUCCAAGUACCAGAAAUACAUGCAAUUCACAAAGAAUUUUACACCAAACUUUGUCUGCGACUCGAACUGAACGACCCAAACAUGCAAGUUGGGGACCUCUUUGAGAAAUUGGUUAAUCAGCUGGGAGUGUACAAUGCAUUUCUGGACAAUCUUGAAACUGCCACAGCAGUGGCACAGAGAAGUACUCAAGCAGAUGAGCGUUUCAAGAAUCUGGCGGAGAAAAUCAAGCCAGUGAAAGAUUCGGAGACAGUCUACACCUUGAAUGAACUGCUACAUAUGCCCGUCCAAAGAGUGACAAAGACUCUAUCGGCCAUGCACGAUGUCCUGAAGUUUACUCCUGAGGAACACUCCGACUGCCCACUACUCAACGAAGCAGUUCGAAUUUCCAACAACUUCUUGUCAGGCAUUAAUCAGACUAUACCACCCAAGAGGGCCUCUGUCACUGUCUCCAAAGCAACGACUCGACAAGUUGUGAAAGAUGGCUUUGUGGUUGAUGUAACAGAUGACAUUCGCAGACUGCGACAUAUUUUUCUCUUCACAGAUUUACUUCUCUGUGCCAAACUCAAAGAGGGGAAGCAGCCUUUGUAUAAGCUUGAAUGGCACAUACCGAUGAGGGAUCUUAGAGUGGCAGUUGCAUCAGGACCAUUUCCUACUGAACCUCAGGAGAUUAUGGAUGAAGUGAGAAGGAAGAUCUUCCAAGCCAGAAUGGAGAUUCAGCAGGCAAAGCAUGGUGACAGAUUCCUGAUGACCCGAGUGCUUGAGCGUGUCAAGAAAAGACUGAGGGACAAUGAACUCUGGCUACUCAAACAUUCUCCCACCAUCCCUCUGAUGGUUAGUAGCAGGAAUGGAAAGAGCUACACCCUUCUGUUGUCCUCUGAGUAUGAAUUGUCUCAGUGGAUGGAGCAAAUCGAGAAACUAAGCAGCAAGAGCAAGGAAGGAGAUACCAGCUCUCCAUCGCCGUACGAUCUCCUGAAGCUCACCAGCUCCAGCUCCCCAUCGCCAUAUGAUCUCCUGAAGCUCACCAGCUCCAUCAUGAAGCUGCGGAUGAUGCAUACGUUACCACUGCACAGCAUUACUGAUGAAAAUGACAAUAACACCCUCUGUGGUACACUGUCUGUUCUGCUUCACUCAGCAAGAGGAUUUUCACAGCCAGAAGAUGUGUACAGUUGCUUGGAGGUUGACUGCUUUGGGUAUUUUGAGAAGAAAGCUCAAACAGAGGUUGAGAAGGAUACCUGUGAGCCCUGUUGGGAAGAGGAAUUUAAUCUGGAGGUGGACGGUGCUCAGUCAUUGCGGGUUCUAUGCUGUAAACACUCAAAUGACUCGUCAGCUGACUUCCUGAACACAAUCUUGUGGAAAACAGAAAUGCAGCUGGACCCAAAGGCUUUACAGGUGAAAGAAUGGAAGCGGACAGUGUUGCAGUCGAAUGGGAUUGAGGUCUUGCUGUCUCUGAGAUACCAGGCUCACCAGCUGCAGCCUCCAGCACCGUGCUCUGUCAUUCAGAAGGAGGUAUUUGGCGUACUGAUUGAAGAGGUCGCAAAGCGAGAAGGAGUGCAGGUACCAUAUAUCGUGCGCCACUGUGUGCAGGAAGUGGACAGCAGGGGUCUUGAGGAAGUGGGCAUUUAUCGUGUUUCAGGUGUUGCAACGGAAGUUCAAGCCUUAAAGAUAGCAUAUAGUGCAAAUAUUAAGGAAGCGUUAGUCAAACUGAAAGUUGCUGAUAUUCAUGCUGUCGCUGGAAUCCUCAAGCUUUAUUUUCGAACUCUUCCUCAGCCACUACUCACACAUGACCUUUACUUGGCCUUCUGCCGUGGAAUUGCUCUCACAGACCCUGUGGCCAAAGCUACUGAGAUGUUGUCACUAUUAAAGGCACUGCCAGAAGUAAACCUCAACACCUUCCUCUUCCUUGUGGAGCACCUCAAGAGGGUAUCGUCAAAGGAAACCAUCAACAAAAUGACAUCGUACAACCUUGCCACAGUCUUUGGUCCAACAUUACUACAGGCCCCUCCUAUGGGCAACAUGCAGGCAGGAUCGUGCAAGGACAUUUCACAGGAGAUUGUUGUACAGGUUCAAGUCCUGAUGUUUUAUUUACAGUACACUGAUCUUCCAAAGUAUGAGGUCAGAAAACGCUCAUAUUCCACUUCUGUAGAGACAUAACACCUGUUUUCAAGAAAAUAAUAAAAAGCCAGGAAAGAACUAUGUGUGAAGGUCGAGCUUGGCAGCAGAGGACUGUGCAGGAAUCUCCUCAGUGUGCUAAUGUGGAAUGUGAAAGAAACUGCGUGUUACAUUAAUGUGGAAUACAUGCCUGUACACAUGCACCCCACAGCUUGUGUUAGCCAUUUAGAACAGAAAACAGGAACCCUUCAGGUCUCCUUUCAGACUGCUACAUGUGCCUGCCUCCCUAGCCAUCUUUCAUUGAGUCAUCUUGCAACUAAGCCCAUAUUUACUAAAUGCUGGUUUAUGCUAGGGGUAAUCUGUGCUGCUGAACUCCAGUAUUCCCAAUACAAAAACUUUUAAUUUAUCACAGGUGAACACCGGUAUUCCUACAAAGAUGCCAUUAAUUCUGCACAGGUGAACACAAGUAUUCCUGUUACAGAAGUCUUUACUGCAGCACAGUUGCACAGCGGUAUUUCUUCACCAGAAGCAUUUAACUCAAUCGAUGUGACCUUUGUGAUGUCAGUAACUAACAUCAUUCUGUGAAACCAUUUUAGCACUUGUGUUGCUCUGGUCAGACCAGUACCUAAUAAAGAGAAGAAUACCAGUUAACAUUGUAAAUACCAGUUAACAUCGUAAAUACCAGUUAACAUCAUAAAUACCAGUUAACCUCGUAAAUACCGGUUAACAUCAUAAAUACCAGUUAACAUCAUAAAUGCCAGUUAACAUUGUAAAUACCAGUUAACAUCAUAAUAGUCAGUAAAACACCCUGGCAAUGCCUACAUGGUCACAGUCAGUACCAGGCAACGUCUGAUUAAACUACAAGGAAAAGUAAAAAGUAUCUAUUACUAGCUACCAGAAGAAAAUAUAUUACUAGUUACCAGAAGAAAAAGGUGUUAAUUAUUGUCAGUGUGCCAGAACUGUAGUUAAUUAUGGCUUGUUAACAACUAAUUUAAGCUGCAUAGGUCUGAAAUCUUGGUCAUUAAAUGACAAACAUAACCUUCUGAUACAGCAUGGGCAGCCAGACUGGAAAAGUAGCCAAGUGCAGCCAAAACUUCCAUUCCUGAUUGAUGAAAUUCCAGUCAACACCACUGGAACUCUUUGAGGCUGUUUGGUCAUGGCUGGCCAUUGGUGAACAUUUUCACUUUAUGUGCAUAAUACAUUUUAUUUUCUGGUAAUAAAACAACCUGUCCUUGAAAGUUAUGGUGGUGUGUGUGCUGUGUGUAGGUUUGUGUCUGUCGAAGAACCUGUACUGACGGAAGCAGAGACUGAUGUAUAGUUAUUCAGAUUUGCAGCAUGCUGCCACUGUCUUCUGUCAUAGUCACAAUUUUUUGUUAUGCCUGAUAACUUGCUGUAAUCAGUGCUGAACAAAGGUUCAGAAAUUUGUUUUAUUUGCCUAUUUACUAAAUGAGCACAGUUUCAGUACUGCUGCCAAACUUUCUACUGUAUAUAACUAUGUAUUUAACUAGAAAGGUGCAUGAACGGAUCUAGAAAAAAAUAAGUUGGUAAUAACAGACUGGCAGGCAAAUACAACAAAUAUGUAAUAUGCUUUGAAGUUAAAGUUAAAGUUUCAUGCAUACAUUAUAAGAGAAAGUAAACAAAACUAUCAAGAGGAAAUUGUUGCCUAACAGAAAAUGUGUAAUUUAUGGUCAUUGCUUAUAUGACUGAUGCUAAACUAUUAAAUACAUUGGUCUGAAACACA